CUCCUGCCUUUUGCCUCAACCCCAUUUCAGAAUUCCAUUCCGGCCACAUUUACUCCUCGCGAGCCUGGAUUCUAGGCAUGGCGUCGAGUGUAGCGAACCCAUGGCUUUAGCGCUGGCAUGAAACGCAAGAGGUCCGACGGUUGCACUUUUUCUCUGCGUCUUGUUGGUUGCGCGUGUUCUUCGACUAGCCCACAGCAAGUUUGCGAUCCCGGCGUACGAAGGAGCGUACGCCUGUCGGACUUUUACUUCGUCGGAUAACCCGUUUCUGAUCAUGCAGUCGUUUUGGAGAGCGCGUAAGAUCGACGAGGUGACGUCGGACGACGAUAAGAUCGCGCCCGUGUACCGCCUGGACGAGAUAUGCCAGGACCUGCAGGCGAGCCCGGGCGACACAGUGAAGGAGGUGGUUGACUACAUCAUGCAACGCGUCAACCACGCCUCUCCCUUUGUCAAGCAAAAGGCCCUGCGGCUGAUAAAAUACACAGUAUCCCGCGCGGGCACGGAGUUCCGCCGCAGCAUACAGCGCCACUCCGCGGCCAUCAAGGGCAUGGUGCACUAUCGCGGACAGCCGGAUCCGUUAAGAGGCGACGCGCCCAACAAGGCCGUCAGGGAGAUGGCGCAGGAGGCCGUGCAGGCCAUCUUCAACCCGCAGAACGACGUCAAGCCCGGCGCAGGCUCCAUGGGCGGCGGUGGUGUCAGUGGCGGUGGGGCGUCUACAGGGGGUGGCUAUAGCGGGGGGUACGGAGGCGGAGGUGGGAUGGAGGGCGGGCGGCGCAGAAUGGAGGGAUUCGGAAGCACGCCGGUCAGGGAGAACGGGGGAGGCAUUGGGGCUGUGCUGGGCGUGAGUAGUGAGUCCAUUCGGCAGGGGAUUAGCAAGCUGACGGGUGUGGUAGUUCCAGGAGGAGGAGGGCCGGGAGGAAGGGCGGGUCAGUUUGAAGAAGCAGCAGGCGGGGGGAGCUACGUUGGCCCACGGUUGGACUCGGUAGGAGGUGGGGAUGCUUACGGGUACGGAGACGGGGGGUAUGGAGACGCGUCUUCCUAUAACCAGCAGCGGUACUCGCCUCACGCUUCCUCCUCCUCCGCCUCGUCAGGCGGGUCCAAGUCCAAGUAUGUGGGGUUCGACCGGCAGGGGCGCACGUUUGACUCGUCCACCAACUCGUACUCGCCUGCUGCCGCGCCUGCUGCCUCCUACUCUGGUUCCGGCAGGGACAGAGAGUACGGGUCAGACCACGGGUAUAGAGCAGGCGGGGCGUAUGGCGGCGGGGGGGGUGGUGGAGGGGGAGGAGGGCCAUAUGGGGGGGGUGGAGGGCCAUAUGGGGGGGGUGGAGGACCAUAUGGUGGUGGAGGAGGGGGGGCGUAUGGAGGGGGGGAUGCGGAGGAGGACAGGGCGGGGGGAGGGUGGGACGGCGGGGGGCAGCAAGGGGAGGGCCGCUCUGAGGCUGGCGCAUGGGGAGGAGCGCCUGGGUCUGGGGACGGGAUGGGCGGAGCAGGGGGCGGAGCAGGGGGCGGAGGGGGCGGAGGGGGCAGUGAGGAGGAGCGGGUGGUGGAGGGCAUGACUGGGGCGGGCGGGGUGCGGCUGCAGCCCACACGGGAGGCGCUGAGGGGCUUCAUCGCGAGCUUGGGCAAGCUGAACGCCGGCGCUGUGGCUCAGGCCCUGGAGGCCCGCCUCGCUAGCAACCUGUGGCAGACGCGUCUGAAGGCCAUGUGUGUGGUGGAGGCAGUGCUGCGGCAGGAGGGCGACGCGCAGUGCGAUGCCAUCUUUGACCACUUCGUGGACAGCCCCCACGCGCUGCAUGACAACGUGGACUCGCCUCAGACGUCCCUCAGAGACAAGGCCAAGCGGGUGCUUGACCUCCUGGGCUUGCGGCACCAGCAGGGGGGGCAGGCAUCCCCGCAGCCAGCAGCAGCAGCAGUUGACGUGCCGGACUUGAUCGACGUGGGUGAAGACGAGGCGCAGGGAGCAGAUGGCGGAGGAGGAGCUGGUGGAGAUCUAGGAGCGAUCGCGAGUGACGAGUCGUCCGUAUCACACGUGUCUGGUGGGUUGGGAGUCGGGGUUUCUCCCGUGGCUUCUACAGGCGUGGAUGACCUUUUGGGAGGGGGGGAUGACCUGCUCAGUUCCUUGCAUUCUGCCACUCCUCCUCCUCCUCCUGCGCCUGCUCCUGCCGCUGUAGCGCCAUCUGCCCCUGCUCCCACUACAGCCGCUGCAGCUGUAGCCGUGGACCCUUUUGCUGCUCUCUCUGGCGACCUCACAGGGCAAGCGUCCGACCUCUUUCAAGGGAUGAGCCUCAACAGCCAAGGGCCGGACGCGAACCACCAGCAAGGACCGGCACCAACUGCUGCUGCAGGUGGUGCUAACGGUGCUGGUGCUGGUGCUGGUGGGGGAGGAGGAGGAGGGGAGGAUCUGUUUGCGGGUAUGAGUGUGAACCAGCAGCAAUCGCAACCACUUUCUGCAGGCUCGGUGAAGCCAAAGCCGGCUGCCUCACCUUCAGUCUUGCUCCACCAGCAGCAGCAGCAGCAGGCAGGGCAGCAGUGGGGAAUCGGGGCAGUGGGCAUGCUUGGGACGCCCAUGACCAUGCCCGCUCCCAUGGCACCUGGACCAGCAGUAGCAGGGGGAGGAGUAGGAGGAAUGAACAUGGGCAUGGGCAUGGGCAUGGGCAUGGGCAUGGGUGCAGGGCCAGGCAUGCAUCCUAUGAUGGUACCCGUGCCUAUGAUGGUCCCCCCUGGGGGAGUCAUGAUGCCAGGUGCUCCUGGCAUGAUGCCCAUGGGUAUGGGCAUGAACAUGGGCAUGGGUAUGGGUAUGGGUGUCAACAUGGGAAUGGGCGGAGGGAUGGGGAUGGGGAUGGGGGGAGUUGGGGGGCCAGGCAUGAUGGGCGGAGUGGGGGGGAUGAUGGGUGCUGCGAAUGGAGGGAGGAUGGGGGGUGGAGGCCGGGCGGGCAGUGACUUUGAUUUCUCGGGGGAUCCCACGGUGCGCCCGACUCCCCCGAGUGCAUCCAGCAAGGAGGACUCCCACGCCUUCGACUUCGUUUCGGAGCACAUAGUCGCAGCUAUGGGGACGAAGAAGGGGCCACCAGCAGCCUCAGCCAUGCGCUCGUCCUGAGUGGCAGUCAAUUAGCCUCCAGAAACAAGUGCUUGGGAAUAGUUUUGAGUUUUGAAGACAUGUGGGCUAUCAUGCUUGUUACCUAACCUGGAACAGCUCGAACCAUAUGAAUCCAAGAUGGGCCCCUGAUUUUUUCAAAUCCUUCUGUUCCAGCCCCUUGAUUGUUGGAGCAGCAGCAGUUUCUUUCCUUGGUUGACAUCUG